GGUCGGGGACCGAGCGGGGCCCGGCCCGGGGGAGGCGGCCCCGGCGGGCGGGCGCUGGAACAGUCCCGUUCUGCCGGUGGGGCCGAAGAUGCGGCGGUAUCUGCCGGUGGCCCGGCAGCACUUCCUGGCGGCGCUGGCCGGCACGAGCGUGGUGGUGAAGUCGCUGAGCGCCGCCGUCCUCCUCCUCUACCUGCUCUCCUUCGGCCUGGACACGGCCUACGGCCUGGGAGUGACCCCUGGGUAUCUCCUGCCCCCCAACUUCUGGGUGUGGACGCUGCUGACGCACGGACUGGUGGAGGAGCGGGCAUGGGGCCUGGCGGCCAGCCUGGCCACUCUGGGGGUGGCUGGACGGCUGCUUGAGCCCCUCUGGGGAGCCCUGGAGCUGCUGGUCUUCUUCGCGGUGGUGAACGUCUCGGUGGGGCUCCUGGGGGCCCUUGCCUACUUCCUCACCUACGUGGCCUCCUUCCACCUUCCCUACCUGUUUGCCGUCCAUAUCCACGGCGGGCUUGGCUUUCUCGGGGGAGUCUUGGUGGCUCUCAAGCAGACGAUGGGGGACAGCACUGUGCUGAAGGUGCCCCAAGUCAGAAUGAAGGCUGUCCCUAUGCUCCUGCUCCUUCUCCUGUCUGUGCUGCGGCUUGCUGCCCUCGUCGAGAGCAAUGUACUGGCCUCGUACGGCUUUGGGCUCCUCUCCAGUUGGGUCUAUCUCCGUUUCUACCAGCGGCACAGUAGAGGCCGUGGAGACAUGUCCGACCAUUUUGCCUUCGCCACUUUCUUCCCCGAGAUCCUGCAGCCUGUGGUGGGUCUGGUGGCCAACGUGGUGCACAGCAUCCUGGUGAAGGUGAAGGUCUGCCGCAAGACAGUCAAACGCUACGAUGUGGGUGCCCCAUCAUCCAUCACCAUCAGUCUGCCGGGGACAGACCCCCAGGAUGCUGAGAGGAGAAGACAGCUGGCCCUGAAGGCCCUGAACGAGCGGCUGAAACGUGUGGAGGACCAGUCAGCCUGGCCGAGCAUGGAGGAUGAUGAGGAGGAGGCGGUAGUAGUGGUGGCAAAGGCUGACAGCCCACUGCUGGCUGACCCUGGCACUGCUGGAAAGGGCACCAGCCAGGAGUCCAAUCUCAUCACCUUCCAGGAUGCUCCAUCCCAGCUGUGACCGGCCAACACACCAACCCCUUCCCCACCCUGUCUCCGUCGGAGAGCUGCUAACCCUCCUCGUGUCCCCUCCCACAGCCGGGACCCUCGGCAGGGAGCAGGGACUCCUUCCACAGCAGAGGCAAGGGGCUACCUCAUUCCAAUGCUUCAUUGCUGCCCGUGGCCAGCACUGGGCACCCAGGAUGAUGCUGCUGGCACCACCACAAGCACGGGGGUUCCUGGAGCUGCUCCCCUCAGCACAGGACAGGCCGUGGAUGUCGGCACUGGCAGCUGUGCUGGGAGGGGGACAUGGGGCUGUCCCCUGCGCUGAGGCCACUGCACUUGCCCAGGUGGGAGCAGUCAGCAGCGCUUCCUCGCUUCUCCUCUGCACCAGGGGUCGGUCAGAGUGCUCAACACUUUCUCCUCCUUUCUGAAGGUAGUUUUGUCCCUAACCAAGGGAAUGGGAAGGCUGGCAGGUUUCUUUUCUGAAUCCCUUUCCUAUGGGGAGCCUCCCCCAGCCCCAGCAGGAGCUCACCAUGACUGGUGAGAGGUUUGCCAAGCAAGGGGGUGGGCUGCUGGACAAGAGGGGGCCACCCAGCCCCUCGUGUUGGUGGUUCAGCACCACCAGCUCUGGGUUUUGUGCACGGGGUGGUUCUCUUUUCCUUGCUCUCCUGCCCCUGAUGCCAGCCCUGCCAGGAGCCAGUGCCUUUGGACACUCCUUGGCUAAUCUGUCAGCUUACACUAAAAGCUGGAAUUAAUUUUUACAGUGAGGCUGUGCUGCUUCCUCUGGCAGCAAGUUUUCUUUCCUGUGGGUAGAACAGGGGCUCCCCCUUCUCUUUCCCUCCAUGUUGAUGA